AUGGCUGCUUUUGGACACACAUUCCCCUUCUAUACUGGCCUCAAGCCAAUCUUCCCAAUGGACACCACUUUGGCCGUCAUCAUUGCCAUCUUUCUGACUGCACUGGUCACCUUCAUCAUCAUCCUGCCUGGCAUUCGGGGCAAGAUGAGGGUGUUCUGGCUGCUGCGGGUGGUGACCAGCUUAUUCAUCGGGGCCGUGAUCCUAGCUGUGAAUUUCAGUUCUGAGUGGUUCGUGGGCCAGGUCAGCACCAACACAUCAUACAAGGCCUUCAGUUCCAAAUGGAUCAGUGCUGACGUUGGGCUGCAGGUUGGUCUGGGAGGAGUCAACAUUACACUUACAGGGAUCCCAGUGCAGCAGUUGAAUGAGACCAUCAAUUACAAUGAGGAAUUCACAUGGCGCCUGGGUGAAAACUAUGCUGAGGGAUAUGCAAAGGCAUUGGAGAAGGGGCUGCCAGACCCUGUGCUCUAUCUGGCUGAGAAGUUCACCCCGAACAGCCCAUGUGGACUGCAUGGCCAGUACCGCCUGGCAGGACACUACACCUCAGCCACACUCUGGGUGGCAUUCCUCUGCUGGCUGCUGGCCAAUGUGAUGCUGUCCAUGCCCGUGCUGGUCUAUGGUGGCCACAUGCUGCUAGCCACAGGCGUCUUCCAGCUGUUGGGACUGCUCUUCUUCUCCACGGCCACAUCACUCACACCACCCUGUCCCCUGCGCCUGGGCACUGCUACACUGCACACUCACCACGGGCCUGCCUUCUGGAUCACAUUGACCACAGGACUGCUUUGUGUGCUGCUGGGCCUGGCCAUGGCAGUGGCCCACAGGAUGCAUCCCCAAAGGCUGAAGGCUUUCUUCACCCAGAGUUCAGGAGAGGAUCCUGCGCCGGAAUGGAAUCCUGAAGAAGGGGGACUCCUGAGUCCUCGCUACCGGUCCACAGCCGAGAGUCCUGAGCCUCAGGACAUUCCCCUGUCAGAGGCUUCCUCUGAGGCAUGCUGUAAGAAGGAGCAUCCCAGAGAGCCUGACUGUACCCUAUAAGGCUCUUCUCCCUGGUGGCCACCUGGACUUCCAGUCUGGUUCCAGAUCUCAUUGGAGCCUCAUAAACCACCAGAAAUGACUGCAGGUUGGGUUGUUUCAGCCCCCCAGCUCCAAUCUAUAGGUGGAGAAGGAAAAAGAGGCUUUUCCUUUUAAAAAGCAAAACAAAAAGCCCUAAUAUGCUAAACAGAAAUUGGAGCCACCCAUAAACCCUGUCUGCAUGGUAA